CCGCAACGGCGCGAUAUUAAAUGUCCCCUGGUUCAAAAUUAAUUCCCCUCUUUCCUGUGUAGUCCCACUUUUAGUUUGAGACGUUGAUGAUCCCGGCUUCGAACAUCCCUACAUCUUGAUUUAGCGUAGCCAAGGUCGACCCCCUCCCCCUUCCCCUUAGUGCGCACGAAACGCUGACUGACUUCAGGCUAUAUUAGACGGUGACGGGCAGAAAAAAAAGUGCCGUCCGCUUUUAACCAAACGCUUGCAUAUGCGUGACGCAAGGACCUUGAUAAACUUCACCUCUUUUCAAGCUUCGCUUCUCUGCAUCUUCAUUAAUUUUUAAAAGGCACUCACCAUCAGCAACGGUUUAUCCUCUGUAACUCUGCUAUUCUUCAAGUUUGACUAGAACUCAUUCAUCACAUAUACAUCAUGACCAAGUUUAGGUUACUCACUCUCCUCUUCUUUAUCGUAAGUUGCACACAUAUCCUCGCCCAGGACGUGGACUCUGAAGAAGAAGAAGAGGAAGAUGGAUACUACAUGGGAUUAUACCCAGACAACCCUGCCCAACUCGGCACGGGAAGAGGUGACAAUGUGGAGAUGGAUAUGGAAGAAUUCGACAAUGAGGAGCCACAAAUGCAGGCCAUGGGGGACCCUGAGGAACAACAGGAGGCAGAGGAGGAAGCCCUAGAGGCAGCCGAAGAACUAGAAGAAGCAGCACUUGAGGAAGCUGAAGAGGCUGCACUUGAAAUUGCUGAACAGGAAGAAGUAGACGCCGAGGAAAUGGAAGAGCCAGAGUAUGAAUCGAGUAGCCCAUCUCAGUUCUCCUCGAUUGGGGUCGGCGGAUCAAUGGUCAAUCCUGCAAAUCAGCAGGACGUUGGUACUGGUGUAGCAGAAGUAGAAGAAGAAGAUCUUAGUGAGGAAGAUGCAGCAGCUUUGGGAGGAAUGGGGGCAGUAGGAGGAGAGCAGAACCUAGGUGGUGUUACAGGAGACAGUAGUGAAGAGGUGAUGGGUGCUGGUGGAUCAAUUGGAUCAGUUGGUGGAUCCAUCGGAUAUAUGGGAUCCUCUUUCAGUAUGUCACCAGUUACUACAGGUCCUCCAUUGGUGCGAAUAACCACCCAGAAUGUCACUCCAGAGCCCAUCCUUGGAAACGACGCUGCCGGGGGAAUCGCUGCUGCUGAAACCAGUGAAAACCUACCUCAAGAGCAGACAAUGUCAAAGAAAAAGACCACGGCGAUUGCUGCAGGUGCCGGUGCUGCUGGAGUAGUCGGAAUCGCAGCCGUGGGAGCUGGGUUGGCCUUCAAAGCUGGUCUCAUCGGAGGUGGCGCUGGCAACGCCGCGGCUGCUGGAGGUGCAGCGGCUGUCUAAGAAAAAAAAAUCAUGGACUGAAAGACAUUAUCGUUGGUCAAUCAUCUAUCACAGUUGGCGGGCCUUCUGUCCUGUUCUCAUACACACUGCCAAAAUUAUCUAUAUGCACUCGAGAAUUAUGGAUGAUAUUGUCAAAAAGAACAUCAAGAACCUAUCCAUAUCGUACAUAUCCAUCAUUUUAUAAAGUAAAGUCAAACAGAGCACUUUCCGACUUCUAUUGAAAUAAAGUUGUAAUAAGUUAAAUAAGUUUUAAUUAUGCCUUAGCAUAAUGUCGCCUGUUUCAAUCAAGAACAAUAUUUAUAAAUUUCAAUUUCGAUGGCCCCGUCUAUAAAAUUAUAUGCAAACGGGUCGUUGUUUGAGGGUAUUGUUCGAAGCUUAGAUCAUUUAAUACAUGUUUAAAUUAAGUCAUUUUGGGAAAAAUCACACGUAACUUGAGAUGAACGAAGUAAUAACGUAAAUUCAUAAAAUGUAUAGGGUAUAUUUUCUUUAAAAUCUUCGACGAUACAAAAAUAUACUUUGAUAUUAUUUUCAAAUCCCUCUAUCGCAUUCUUUACAAAGGACACAUGAUGAAUUUCCGAAAACGUAAAUGGCAAUGAAUGUUGUGUCUUUUCCUGAGAGGCGUUCACGAAAUUUCCCCGGAAGUUAUAAAUAGACAAAUGGGGUUCAAAGUGUUUAAGUAAAUCUUGAUUUUAGAUCUGUAUUUAAAAGUAAGGUACGAUGUAUUUUUUUUACUUUGAUUUUUUUUAUUACUUGCAAUAAUUUGUGUACUUUUGUAUUCUCGUUGAAAGAAAUAUUCAGAUUGUGGUACAAGGCCUGUACAUUUUUGUCAAUAUUAAACUUUUUUGUUUAAAUUAA